AUGCGUCCAUCCUACUCUCUGCUAAACAUGUACCGUAGUUUACACAUUACUUGCACAUUUGUACUAUUUCUUUUGUCAUUUUGUGAUCCACAACGAGUUCAAGUGAUCUAUGAGGGACAGAAUAUUGUCUUUUAUUGUAAUGCCACUGGUAUCUUAAACCUUGCCCCCGUACAUUAUCAGUGGGAAUUGGACAAUCGUGUUAUCAUUGCUUCUGAUGACCACUUUUACUUGAGGAAUGUACAGAAAAGUGAUGAGGGAGAAUAUAAGUGCAAAGCCAUUCAGAUUAUCGAUGGCGAGUCCGUGGUCGGUGUGGAGUCGACUUUCAUUAGUGUCCGUAGAGCGGAUUCAAUUGUGGAACAAGACGUUGAAGAAGGCUUCUUGGUUCGUAUAUUGUGCAACGUGACUGAAGCCGAUAGGCCGGAAGAUGCUGGUCCUAUUCGGUUCGAAUGGCGAAACCCUAAUGGCACACUGGUUGGCACCCAGUGGAAACUCGAACUCGGACACAUCAGAAUACACGAGUCCGGUGUCUACGUGUGCCGUGUGUCGUACGAGUUGGAUGGCAAGCAAAUGUCGACGAGUUCUGCCACGAAAAUCAACGUGUUGAAGCGAGCCGGGAUUGUGUUUCCUGGUCUCAUUGACCAUGUGCUUUCUGUGUUGGAGACCGGUGAUAUUUUGCAGGAGUGUAAAGUGAUCAGUUCCAAACCGUCCGAAUACGCCUAUCAGUGGUUUAGACUGAACAAUCAGCCCAUUUCAAAUUCUGCAUACUUACAAAAGGAUUACGUACUCCGGCCAAGAGAUGAAGGAAUUUACACAUGCGUGGCUACGCCAGUUGAUCCGGGGAGAAGUGUUGUUGAGAACAAUCUGGUUGUGACCAUUAUACCACUUCGGUUUCGUAUUGAUGUUAUUGAUGAAGAUCUGAAGUUAGAUGGAUUCUCUCGCAGACGUAUAGUUCAGAUACCACCAAGUGAUCCCAGCUUGAAUAGCCGUGAAACGUUCACCUUUCAGUGGUUUAAACCGGAUGGAGCUAUUGUCAGCCAAGGACCUGGCCCAGAUAUGCACGUCAAUUUCCGGAGUCCAGAAGACUUUGGCCGGUAUUUUGUUCGCGUUCGUGGGGCGAACUCUGGUUAUCAUCGAGAUUUGAGCACCUACAUCAACCUAGAUGAUGGUAUCGUUGCCCCAACCUACACCGUUGUGAUUCGUGAGGUAUCUGGACCAUUGUAUUUCAACUCUCGCUUGGAACUGGAGUGCACAACUAAUCCUCCAAAUCCCUCAGCCCGCAUAAACUGGCUUGGUCCUGACGGUCUCAUCAUUUCCGACUCAAGUCGUCUGGUAUUUGAUCGUUUCCAGUUGCACAAUCAAGGCCGAUAUACUUGCCAAAUACUCCUUCCUAACCAAGUAGUACUGCGACAGAACGUGGAACUUACUGCUUCUGGUUCCGGAGCCGAAGUCCCUGAAACAGGCGGACGCUAUACGAUUGCCAUUGUUCAGACUCCCCUUGUUUUUCGAUACAAUGACGCUGUUCGUUUAAGUUGCGUCGUAUCACCGGAUCCACCAUUCGUGCAGUUUGAGUGGAUGAAGGAUGGUCACAUUAUCGGAAGAGACAGUGAGCUCUUUAUCCCGAACUUUGGACCGCGCGACGUUGGACGUUACUUGUGCAAGGCCAGAAUUGAAGGAGGAGAGGAUCUCAGUUCGAACACCACGAUAUCACCCAGACCAACACCCCCUGGUUCCACAUACAUUUCUGUCCGACCAGAAGAGUUGCACCAACCGACCUUUUCCUCUUUCCAAAUUGAAUGCAUUUCUAACCAACCUGGUAUGCUCCCAGUCGCCCAACUCCCGAAUGGAACGCCGCUGGAGACGGAUGACCAGUUUCAGGUCUUCCGGCCGGACAAAGAACGUUUAACAAUUUCCGCUCCAAGAGGCCUCUCGGGAGUGUAUAAUGGAUAUCGAAUAAGAUGUGUCUUACCCGGGCUGGAAUAUACAGAAGCCACAUUGUACAUCAUGGAUCCUUGCCCACUUAAUGAAUCUCAAUGUAGAAGUAAGGAAUGUAUACCAACCAUGAGCUUGUGCGACGGCCGUCCUCAUUGUCGAGAUGCUUCAGAUGAAGGAAACGAAUUCUGCAAUGCCGGAGUCAUCGCAAGCCCGACAAAGAUUAUUGUUCGUCCCAACCAGUCAUUCACACUGAAAUGCCACACGCAGUUGACGUCAGAAAGACCUUACGCUCGUUUCCAACUUUCCGAGGAUAAUGUCGAACUGGACAGGAGGUUUACAGCAAUUCAACCAGCAACUAACGUUCUGUUCGUUACAGCUCCUAAGGGUUUGACUUUCAAGGAGAAUGAUACUCGCAUUGAAUGUUACAUACCGGGAAAGGGGGCACGAGUCACCAUUGUCAACGUACUUGGAGAUAUGUGCCCACCUGGGUGGUUACUUUGUCGUGAUGGAAAAUGUCUUUCUCCGGCUAACGUCUGUGACGGCAUUCCGCAAUGCAGUGACGGGGCAGACGAGAGACAAUGUGCCGAAUCCUGUCGGCCGCCCAACAUCGCGUGCCCCAGUGGUGAAUGUAUCACUCCAGCAAUGCGAUGCGAUGGACGCAGAGAUUGUGCAGACAACUUUGAUGAGCAAGGAUGCUCCCCAGCAUGUUCUUCACUGCAAUUCACGUGCAGGUCUGGAGAGUGCGUCGCAAGUGGUUCGCGGUGCAAUGGGCGAAGGGAUUGUGUUGACGGUUCGGACGAAUGGGGUUGUUCUCGUGAAUGUCCCCCACCGAACUUCCAAUGCCCAUCUGGGGAGUGCGUCCCACCAGAGAAGAGAUGCGAUGGUCAACAAGAUUGCCAAGAUGGUUUUGAUGAACAGAAUUGUUACAUCCCUGUCGGUUGCAACCCUGAUCAAUAUGCAUGUGCUUCCGGAGAGUGCGUCAGCAUAUUCCUUCGGUGCAACGGACGUCCAGACUGUCGCGAUGGGUCUGAUGAACAUUCUUGUGUUGUCGGACCUUCAAUGUACCCCGACCGAGUCCUCGUGCGACCGUAUGCUUCGAUGGAAAUUUCUUGCCGUUCCGAUCGUGCUGGAGUACAACCAAUAAUGAUUGUAGGAGAUGGGAUCCCCGUGGAAAGACAUCCUCGUUUUUCCGUCACACGACCAAAUGUGGAGACGAUAGUGGCGCACAUCAGUGGAGUCACGGAACGUGAUCGCGGAUUACAGCUUAGGUGUUCAUAUCAAACUGGGGAGUCAACUAUCCGUGAAAUCAUCAUCGAUUCUCCAUGCCAGGACUUCGAGCUGAUGUGCCGCGAUGGCGCAUGCAUGCGGCAGGAUAGAUUUUGCGACGGUAGAACGGAUUGCCGUGAUGGGUCCGAUGAAGGGCCAGAACACUGUGGUUCCGGUCCUGCGCUUGUCCCUGAAAGGCCGAUAGUCCGUCCUUAUGGGACGCUGGAACUCGAAUGUCGCUCAGGUAGAACGGGUGUGCAACCUCAGCUCACUUUACUCAAUGGAACCUCUGUGGAACAUCUCCCUCGGUUCACCGUGACCAGACCAUCCACGGAAGUUGUGUUUGCUCGUCUUUCACCGGUAACUGAAAGAGACCGUGGAAUGCGUUUAAGCUGUUCUUAUCCGCAUGGGGUGUCUACACUCAUUGAAAUCUUGGUUGACUCUCCUUGCCCUCCGUCGGAGGUCAUGUGUCGCGAUGGAAGCUGCGUACAUGAGGAUUACUUGUGCAAUGGUCGCUCAGACUGUCCAGAUGGAUCUGAUGAACAGGACCCGCACUGCCGUGAGUACCAGUAUACAUGUUUGUGA